AUGUUUGGGGCGCUGUUGUUGCUCCCAUUUCUCUCGGCAGGUGUGAGGCAAAUUAACCCUGUCUCGGCGCUACUUCCGUUCACGUCUGUUCCGGAGCAUCGUGUGAAUUUAACCCUGAGGGCGUACGAUGGGUGUUACCGGUGGCGUGUGCAGCGUCCGAAUGCGGUGUUGAUCCGGGAUUUGCGCGAGGCGGAGAUCGCGGAUUUGAGUGAUCCGGGUUUGGUGGUGCCGGACAAACGGUACCUGUCACCGCGGGGCGAGGUGGACGGAGGUGCAUGCCACGACGCGGUGGUGGUAUCUUCGGUGCUACCGGCAUCGUGGACAGGGCCGAAGGAGCGAUCCUGGGUGUUUGCAGACGACGGGAAUGCGGGGGUGAAGGCGGAGGUGUACGUGGCCAAGGUAGCGCGGUUGGAGGUGGAGACAACAGCGAAGGCGGUUGCGGUGGGUAGUGCAGAGACAUUGCGAGUGAAGGCCUUCGAUGCCGAGGGGAACGUGUUCUCUUCGCUGGAAGGUUUGUUAUUCGCCUGGGAAGCCGAGGCGGUUGCUGGCGGUGGUCGUGCUAUCUCCUUGGGUAGUCUCAGUGAUGACGUCUAUCGGCCCUCCGCUGUAAGACGGGCCAUGGCCGAACGGCGACAACAAAGCGACGUCAUUUUGAUCAAAGGCCUUGAAUCCGGACGCGCUGUUGUACAUGUUAAAUUGCUCGAACCCGGCUACGAACACGUGCGACCCACUUCCGUUUGGAUCGACGUGGUCGAGCCCUUCGCCGUCACUCCUUCCGACCUCGCCGUACCCCCCGGCGCCGCCUUCCGUACUGCAGUCCGUCUUUUGCGAGAAGGAAGCAAGACAGCUGGACACGAACGACACUUCGAAUGGAGUUCCGCCGACCCCGCACUCCUCGAGACCAGCGCACGCGGCCAGGUCAUUGCAGCGGCCGAGAAAACGGGCGAAACGCGCCUACUCGUCAAGGAUUCACGCAACCAUAAUAAUACAGACUUCGUUAGCAUCCGUGUCCAACCACCGGCACGUAUCGUCCCCUACCAUGCACACCUGGCUGCUAUGAACCCUCAAUUGGACCCGCUGGUCAAUGGUGACCCAUUGGCCGGCGGCGGGAAUGGGGGCGCGUUCGAGCAGCUGACCGAGAGCCAGUUCUUUCCGGCCGCUGUUGCGCCUAGCCAUCGCGACUCGCUCCUGAAUCGUUUCAGAAACGCCGGGACCGAGAACCCACAUGACACCUGGUACCUGGCCGCCAACGACACGCACCUGGUCACGCUCGAUCUGCGCUCCCCAACCGAAAGUCUGUUUGUGCCCGCGAAUGUGCGAUUCUCGCACACACUCUCGCGCGACGUUCCGACGGACGACAGAAAGGGAUUUAUUGGCGAAGAUGAUAUCAAACCCGUCUGGCGCUCAGCGAACGGCGCCACCAUCGCCUUCCGGGCCACGGGCGCCGUCGGCUCCAAAGGUACCAUCACGUUCGCCCUUGAUCCAAACGAAAAAGGCAAGACGGCCGUCAAGAUUAGCAAGACCGUAAACUACGAGGUCGUGGCGCCGUUGGGAGUGCAGGGAUUGACGCGGAUGAAGUACGUACAGGGCGAGUUGGGCUCCACGGUACCGGUGACUCUGCCCUUUGGUGCACAAACAAUAUUGACGCCAUUCGGCGGUACGGGUGUGUUCAAGGCGACGUCUUCGGACUCGGCGGUGUGUGAUGUGACCAUGCGCCAACAACAGAUAGUGCUGAGUGCGGGACGCAAGGCAGGCAUUGCCACCGUCACUGUCCGGGAUGAACUAUACCCGGCACACUUUUACAAGUUCCAUUGUAACGUGGGCGCAGUCGCAUCCAUUUAUGUCGACGGGAAACAACGGUUGCCGGUACGUACGGGUCGCCCUGAAGUCAUGGUGCCCAUCAGCGCGCGCACCAGGAACAAACGACUCGCACUCUGGGCAAGUGAUGCGCCCGAACGUCGAUCGGUUGAGGAACUGGCUGCACUACCUGCCUCCAAAAGCGUCGACAACUUCUGGACCUGCGGCGAACUUGAGCUGGCCUUCCACCCUGGCGCGACCAUCCACUACCGUGCCUCGCCCAGUCCUAUGUUGCGCAUGGCCAAGUCUGAUGACCGCUACAUCUGCACCUUCGGAGUCCUACAGGCGCCGCUGCAGCCGGGCCGGGUCAGUCUAGAAACACAAGUCGCGGGACCCAACCAGGAGAAACUCUUCAGUUCCCGCGGACACAUAGAGUUCUACGCGGAACUUGACGUAAAAAUCCCUGAGGAAGUCCGGUUUCCCAAGUACCCUCCCUCCACAGACGUCAGCAGUAGCCGUAUCGAGCAGAGCCAGGCCCUGAUCAUCGGCGGAAGUAUCGUGAUUGAACUGGUCGGCGGUCCGGAGUACGUCUCCGGUUGUAGCCGUAGCCUGACCUACUCUGCACCGCCGGGCAUGAGCAUCGUGCCCGAGGGUGGUGGCUCUUACGACUCCGCUGACAUUCUGAUGAUUGACGGCAAACCCUCGCGCUUCCGCAUCCAAUGUCUGGACGAACUCGGUGCCUUCCCCGUGGAGUUCGAGUUCUCCCAAAUUUGCAACGAAGACGACAAGCUCACGUCCACCGCCACGCUCUACCUCGGCUGCUCUAUCCCCGAACGCAUGAUGGUCCUGCCUGAAGAGUCCGAACUCGAACUGCUUCCCUCCCAACCAUCGAAGAAACUGCCCGUGUACAAAUCAUCGGGCCCGAAUGCCUCUCUCAUGCGCGGCGCUACCGUCUCCCCGCAGCGUAGAGUCAACGCCAUCGUGGGCAUGCAGCACCGCCUCUACGGCGUCCCUUACGACAAGUACGGACGUCCCCUCAUGGGUUCAGCACACGCCUGGAGACACAGUUGGGUCUGGCUUAAUGAUGCCGGCGCAGGUUCCUGGCAACUACUUAAACCCGACAGCGUCGCGGUAACACUACCCAACCAACUAGACCGUGACCACUUCAUUGCCGCCAUUCUCACAUGGACCGGCGAUUUCACUGAGGCCGCUUACCAAGUCACAAAGGCUACCGGCACAGCGAAAGUACAGGCCCAGAAAGCGGACCGACUCAAAAAGUCCGCAAGGGAACUCACUGCCCGUAUCCGGAAACUCAGCUGGAUCAAUGGGCAAGGCAUCAUCGGCACCCUCGAACUGCACGGACUUCCAGCCAUCGCCCUCGAUCCGCCGAGGCUGGAAGACCCCAUUCUCCACAACCCCGAGUGGGCCUACGUGGUGAAGGCCGAGGGCAUCUCCAGCAAUGGCGUCUACAAAAUGACUCCUGGCUCGUGGUUGAACGUUCUGGCGGUCUCGCAGGAACCCCUCACUCUCCCCGCUCUCCAGCGGGUCGCCAACGUCAACAAGAUCGUUCCUCUCUACGACUCAGCAGCUGCAGUUUCCACCUCUGGCUCUGCAUCUGGUUCUGUCGCGUGGGAUUCCGACGCAUCAGUCCUGGACGUAGCGGGCAAGUCGGGGCGAAAGCUGUUUGGGAAGGCGGGAGCAUACGUGUACCUGCACGGUUCGAAAACUCGCGUGGCGGCAGAGGGUGAAGUGUUCCGUUCCGAGUUGCAUGUAUCUGAUCCCUCAUUGUUAGGUCCCAAAACGUUGCGCUUGGAACUUGAGAGUGACAUGUUGCAGGGGACUCGUUUGGAACUACGGGACAGACGGAGUGGUGUAGUGGUGGCUGAGGAGCACGGCCAGAAUGAGUUAGAGAAGGGAUUGGAUUAUGAGGUGCGUGUGCGAAGUGUGGGUCGUCUUUCUGGACGUGCGUUACAUCCCUCCGUCAACCGGGCGUUCGCCUUGCAGCUCGUGGCUACACCGACCAAGUAUUUUUACGUCGCCGGGGACCGUGUCAGAGGCUUGGCCCGUGGUAAAGGGUUGCUGGAGGGUCGUCUGGGUGGCGGACUCGGUAACACUGCGCCACUGAGUGUGACCAUCGAUGAUGCCUUCGAAGUACAACCCACCGCCCUCGUCCUGCUGCCCGGCGGUGCCCGUUGGCGCCCUCAAGUCAGAGGCGGAGGGAGCGUCGCACGUGAAUGGGCACUCGUCUCCGAUAACUCCCGUGUCGUAGGCUUCGAACACGACAACCACCAAACACUAGUCUCAGGUGCCGUGGGCAAGGCCGCUGCCAAACUCAUUCGUGAAGUAGAUGUCGACAAGGGCCUCGCUGCCCCCGCACUCGCUGCACUCCCCGCACAAAUCGCAGUCACCGUCGCACACCCCCAUCAUGUCGCCCUUCAAGCUGGAGACAAACUCCUCGGUCAAAAGGGCGGCUUCCUCUACGCACCCAAAGAUGCGCGCGUGCCACUAGGUCUUAACCUCUACACCUCCGACGGCGCCAUGUUCACGCGACCCGCCCUCGUCCUCGGUAGUGGUAAUGGAAGUGCUAACGGAGGUGGUACUGAAGGUGGCACUCAGACUGACAGCAAAACAGCAGCACACAAGAGCGGGGCUGCGACGCAGUGCGUGUUCAAGUGGCACGCACUCAACCCGGACCUGCUCGCCUUCGUCGCCCACUCCGACGGGAGCCGGAAGACCACGCUCCAGUCGACCGUCGAGGGUCGGCUGGAUGUCGAGGUUGUCGGCCUCAAAACGGGCCAGGGCAAGGUUCUUGUCACCGUCGACUGCGGUUCGGCGCAACACUGGCUUGGCACCUUCAAGUCUAGCGCCUCGCUCACCGUCGAGGUCGGUCCGCCCGCGCCCGGCGUGCUCGGACUCGGCGAACGCGUCGAGUCCGACGGCGAAGUC